AUCCAUGAAUAAAAACAAGAACGUGUGUAGGCCCACUGAUGAAGACUUUGUUCAGAAGAAGAAGAAGAAGUUCCGUCUUGUGCAUCUUCUUGGAAUCCUGUAUGCUGCCCUCAGGUUUCUUGGAGAACCAGUCUUGGUCUCAGACCUUGUCAGAUGGGUUUUAGAGGGUCACCUGCCUUUCUAUGGAACCAGCGAUGUCCUACCUAAGGACAUCACAGGCAAGUUUGAUUCGUCUGGUACUCAUGUGUUCCUUGUGGCUAAACCAGAUCUGCUUUAUACCUCUAAGCUUCAAGAGCCAGUCUCUCAUGUUCUUAGUGUGUUAGAUAUCGAUCUACCAGUCUUUGAUCACCUGAAGCUGGACUUUGUCAUUGGUCGAUUUAUCUCAUCGCUUCAUCUGCCAGCAUCAUUCCUUCAAAUCACCCAUCAUCUGAUGACCAAAUACCCAGCCACCGUUGAUCAUCCGCGGAAUAAAAAGAAGAAGAAUAAAAAGGAACAAUUCGAGAUAGAGGAAGGUCCAGCUUUGGCUUACAUCAUAGUCGCGAUGAAGCUACUCUUUGGAUUGGACGGACACACUGAGGUGCUUUCUUCAGAGAUUGGAAGAAUCGUUAGGAACAAACUACCUACAGGUAGCAAGGUUGUCCCAUUUAUAUUUGAGGAGUGGAUGGCUUGUGAAAAACUGAGGGCAAAACACCAUCAGAUCAAAACCAACAUUUUCAGCCAUCAGGCAUGCAGAGAGGUGAGUGAUGUUUCAAGAUUCAUCGAUCAGCAUUCCAAGUCCUUCCUACUCAACUCAAAAAGAGAAACACUAUACAAAGCCGUAAAGUACCAAGGUCAGAGCCUUGGAAGUGAGAUGCAGCGACCAUUUAUGAAAGUCAGAGAUCAAGGUGAACCAAGUGGCCAGUCAUGUAUUCAUGAUGCUCCAAGCAGCUUUCCAUACCCCGGGAAUGGUCUUGACCAGAGAUCGGAAAGAGAAUCCAACAGUACGGAGUCUGGUACUGGAAUAGGUCAUGGUGCUGUGCCCUCUGCUACCAAUGGUGUCCACUGGAUCUCCAAGAACUAUCUUGCUUCAUGCAACUUCUCAAGGAGCAGCGUAGACUACCUUGUGAAUCUCACCAAGUUCUGUAAGAAGAACGAUUUGGAUCUGGAAAGCGUAUUAAGCGAUGAGAGACUGAAGAAGAUCAUGUCAGAGAAGAAGGCAGAGUCUGACGCCGGUGGGAGUGAGCAAAGAGGAGGGAAGAGAAAGAAAGCUGGCAGUAAAGCUAAAGGCAAAGGAGAGACUCCAGGUCAUCAAGAUGAAGACGAUUCUGACCCAGCUGCAGCUUCUGAAGGCACAUCAAAGCACACAAGGACAAAGAGAAAGAGGAUUAGAAGAGAAGAGGACAAUACUGGAAAUGGAAACCUAAGGACAAUGAAAGGGGCAGGAACUGACUCCAUGAGCCGAAGUGAUGUUGAGGAACUACCCUAUGAGCAAUGGAAACAAAUGGUGUUAUCAAGGACAGAGGAAGCAGAUGUCAGUAAGGACAAUCCUGGUAAGUCUUCCACAGGACUUGUUUCCUACAGCGUCUCCUACACCAGGUACAAGCCAGUCAGUGUUAAGCAAGCCAAGGCUAGUAUGUAUCAAGACGGUGAACCAGCAGCAUGGAGGCCGUUCCAUCGGUCGUACCAGUGGCUUCUAGAGCACUGUGCUGCCCUCUUGAGACUAGACUGGAUGUACAUUCAUGAAGCAGUGGCUGCAUUAGAAAAUCGGAUAUUUGAUUUGGAGGGCCACAAAAUAUGGACCCAUUAACUACAGGAUUCUGUAAUUCCCACAGGGACUACUCGGCGCUGAAUUCAUGACAUGUCAUGUAGCCCUCAACAAGAAUUUAGUAAACAGCAAAAGGGAUUUCAAGUUUGGUGUUGGUGUUUGCUUCGAAAGGACAAAUCAGAUAGCUGCCCCUAGCUUCAAUACCUACAUCAUAUAACUUCUAGUGUGACCAUCUCAGCACCGGCUUCAGAUAACAUUUGGUGCUGUUUUGAUGAAAAAUUUGGCCACCACCAAUACAAAAAUAUAAGCACCAAGUUUGAAAUCAUUCAUUGUUGACAGCAGGGCUGCUCGCAAGUCGGCAAUAAAAUGAAGAGCUUCCUUUGAAGGUGUCAAACUAAAUCUCCCUUGCUGUUCUCCGAUAUAUAAAGUUUUGGGUUAAUAGAGGCAGAAAUGUUUUGAGCCUCAGGUGUAUUAUGACAUUUUCUGCCAUGAAGUAAAGGCCCCUUCACAUCAUUCCAUGCAAGCCUUGCGGGGUAUUGCCCGCAACUCGCCCGCAAAAAUGUUUUGAGCAUGUUUAACACUUUUCUGCGUGCCAAUCAGACUUGCGUGCGCAUCUGCGUGUAAGAUACUGUCAAUUCAGCCGACCUGCGGGUAGCAAAAAUAGUUAUCCGCAAGUCACAUGGAACGAUGAGACUGGGUCUUCAUAAACGUACUUGAUUGAGAAAGUUGUUUGAACUACUUUUCCAAACUUACAUUUAUUCUUGGCACAAGAAGCCUCUUUGAUAGGUUCUAUUAAUACAGGAAAGAGUACAAUUUACAAGAAAAUAUUGAUAUCCCACCAAUGCAAGCAAGUCAACCAUACACAACUACCUGUUGUCGUUUUAUCAACGGUGGUUUUUUGAAAACCUGAUAGUUUGUCAGAGGAUUGACAGGUAUGGCAACAAGCGGACCAAAUCCUGAUAUCCUUAGUUAAAAUAUGAAUGGUAAAUUUAAAACAUGUAGGUCCUGUGGAAACAAAUUGUUUGAAUAACUUACUAAGAAAAUCUAUCUGAUUAUCUUAAUUCAUUUUCCUUUUUAAAUACCAAUAUGGAAAAAUCAUAUUACAGAUAAACCUGUAAGAGCAGUAUUUCCUUAGAGUUGUGGGUGACAUUAGCAGGGUCUCUGAAAAAAUAUGUGAUCACAC